AUGUUGGCUGUACACCGAGAUGUGCUUAAUAUUGUUCAAGCUAAAUUCCUCUCCGCCGAAAUCGUCCGCAGCAUUCAUCUUAAUGUUUUUACAUUAGAAGAGGUUUGGUCUAACGAAAACCGGAUUUUGGCUUUAGUUGAAUACAACAAAUCAUUCGCCCUGUUCGUUUUAAUCGCAUCUAAGCAAAAACCCACCAGCAUUUCAGAUCUUUCCGUAGAAACUGUAAUUCCAGUUGAUGAAUUCUUUUCUUGCGAUACUGAGUUAGUAGAAGAAAGCCAAAAUCAUAUAAUAUUUAUUAUUACGUACAAAAAAAUUAAGCGAGCCUUCAAAAUAGAAAUAGGACUAGAGAGUUCUAAUUUUGCCUCAGAAGUUAUACGCUCUAAAGAACAUUCUCUUUAUAAUAAGCCAAGUUUCGUUUGGUUAGACAAAUACAUAGGUACUAUGAGUCAACCUAGUCGCUCAGAUGUAUCCGAACAGGACGAUUUACCUAUUACAAGACAUCAAAUCGCUCAGGGACAAACUUCCAUUAACAGGGAAUCGAUGUUAAAAUACCAUUUAAAAUUAAAAGAAGCCGAGUACACUCAAAAGCAAGAGUUUACAAUAUUCGUCGGGACGUGGAAUGUAAACGGUCAACCUCCCACCAUACCUCUUAGCAAUUGGUUAGCAUUUGAUGAUAACCCACCGGACUUGUACGCUAUAGGUUUCCAGGAAAUCGAUCUAAGCAAGGAAGCCUUUUUAUUCAACGAUACACCAAGAGAAGCAGAAUGGCAUAAGUUCGUGACUGAAGGGGUUCAUCCGAAAGCCAAAUAUAAAUUAGUCGGAUUGGCGAGACUGGUUGGCAUGCAGUUGGUUGUGAUGGUGAACAACAAGCACUAUCCAUACGUUAAAAAUAUUUCUGUGGACACAGUCGGUACCGGUUUAUUGGGCAAAAUGGGUAACAAAGGCGGGGUAGGUGUUAGACUGGAGCUUCACAACACUUCUUUGUGCUUUGUAAAUUGCCAUUUAGCCGCCCACGUGGAGGAAUUCGAAAGGCGAAAUCAGGAUUACAAAGAUAUUAACGCUAGAAUGAAUUUUAGAAAAAGUCCCCAAGCGAUAAAGGACCACGAGCAAAUUUAUUGGCUGGGAGACCUCAAUUACCGCAUAACAGAACUGACCACAACGCAAGUUAAAACGCUGCUAUUAAGAAAUGAAAUGGUCACGUUAUUGAAAGCCGAUCAGCUCAAUCAGCAGAAGGAAAGAGGAAAUGUUUUGUUGGAUUACGAGGAAGGCGAUAUAAGUUUCAAGCCGACUUAUAAAUACGAUUUGCACAGCGACACAUUCGAUACCAGCGAAAAGGCGAGACCUCCGGCUUGGACCGAUAGAAUCCUCUGGAGGGGCAGAGGUAUAUACCAAGUGGCGUACAGGAGUCACAUGAACUUGCGCAUCAGCGACCACAAACCGGUGAGUGCUCUCUUCAAAUCCGAAAUCAGCGUGAUCGAUCCGAUCAAAUACAGGAAAGUCCACGAAGAUUUGAUCAAGAAGAUGGACAAAUUCGAAAACGAAUAUUUACCUCAAGUUACGGUUGAUCAAACCGAAGUUGUUUAUGAUUUGAUCAAAUUCAGGGAGCCGCAAUCGAGGGAAAUCACAAUAGCUAAUACUGGAAUGGUACCUGCGGAGUUCGAAUUCAUUAAGAAACUAGAUGAAACGAGUUAUUGUAAAGAUUGGUUAAGAAUUAUACCGUAUUGUGGCAAUAUUAAUCCAGGUAAUACGCUAUACGAUUUCGAUUAUUUUGUGUUAAAUCUAUUGAUUGUAGGUGAAAAAUGCGAUGUAAAACUCGAAGUUAAUCUCGAAACCGAUCAUCAAAAACUCUACGAUAUUCUCGUAUUGCAUCUAAAAGACGGGAAAGAUAUGUUUAUAAUAGUUAGCGGGGAAUGCCAAAAAUCUAGUUUCACAUCGCCCAUUUCUCUGCUGUGUCGAAUAUCAGUACCUGUAAUGCAGGUUCCUGAAGAACAGUGGAAAUUAGCGGAAAAACUCGAAUCUAGCGUUAGGUAUUCAGUUCCAAGGGAAUUAUGGCUGCUAAUAGAUCAUAUCUACCGACAUGGCAUGAAAAUUAGAGACUUAUUUGAAUCGAGCGCCCUUCACGAGGAAAUUAUCAGAAUUAGGGAUUGGUUGGAUUUUGGAUCUUUAGAUCCGUUUCCUGGAACUAUUCAAGCCGCUGCGGAAACCCUGCUUUUAUUCCUGUCUUAUACUAAAGAUCCUGUGAUACCCUACGAGUUGCACGAUACUUGCAUAGCUGCUGCUAGUAAUUACCAACACUGCAAACAGAUUAUUCUCCAAAAAGUACCAGAUUUGCAUCGAAACGUUUUCCUCUACAUCUGUUUGUUCCUGCAAGAGUUAUUGAAAUAUCAAAACGACAACGGCUACGACGCGAAGACUCUUGCCUCGUUGUUCGGCGAUAUUCUUCUCAGAGACCAAAUCAGGAAUUCCAAGCCCCAAGCUAGUCGGGGAAAGGCGAAUUUCAUAUACAAUUUCUUGGUAAACGAUCUGAGCACUUCCAUAAUACCUGCGAAAUAA